GUCUUUAUAAAAGAACGAGCUAGUUACGGCUCAUUUUCAACAAUUUCGAAAGAGUAUUUUGAACUAAAUUUAUUUAUAAUUUUGUAUAAUUGAAAAAUAUUGUAAAAUGUGUAUCCGCGUAUUCAUCUACAUUAUUAUGAUCGCGCUUUUCGCGAUUAAUCAAUCGGAUGCUGUACUGACGAUGGAACAGAUUCACAAGACCGCAAUGACUAUGCGAAACUCGUGUGUAUCUAAAAGCCAUGCAGAUGCCGGAGCUGUUGAGGGAUUGCAAACGGGCCAAUUUCAGGAUGAUAAUCAAUCAUUAAAAUGCUAUACGCUUUGUGUAAUGAAAGCAAUGCGAACUUUUAAGAGUGGGCGCAUAGAUGUCGGCAUGAUGCUUAAACAAAUGGAUUUAAUGAUGCCUGUCGAAAUGGCAACGCCUUUGAAAGCAGUCACAACUGAGUGCGCAGGACAUCCUCCUGCUGGCGAUGAUUGCGAAACAACUUACCAGUUUGUAAAGUGCUGCUAUCAAACAGAUAAGGAUCAUUUCUUCUUUCCUUAAUCAAAAUCUAAGGAUAAGAUAAUAAAAAAUGAAAAUAAAAGGAUAAGAUAAUAAAAAAUGAAAAAAUUACGUAUGAUUACAUAAAUUGAAAAUUGUUAU